GAAAUUUAAAUGUCUUCAGAAGACAAAGAAGCUCAGGAGGACGAGCUGCUGGCUCUGGCUAGCAUUUAUGAUGAAGAUGAGUUUAAGAGAGCCGAGUCAGCCCAAGGAGGAGAAACAAGAAUUUGUCUGGAGUUGCCUCAAAACUUCAAAAUUUUUGUGAGUGGCAGUUCCACAGAAAGCCUCCAGAACAGCCAGUUUGAAUACACCGUUUGCUUCCUGCCUCCCAUCGUGCUGAAUUUUGAACUCCCACCAGACUACCCCUCGACCUCCCCGCCGGCAUUUACCCUCAGUGGAAAAUGGCUCUCCCAAGCCCAGCUCAGCGCUCUUUGCAAACACUUGGACAACGUCUGGGAAGAGAAUCGAGGCUGUGUGGUCUUAUUCGCCUGGAUGCAGUUUCUGAAGGAAGAAACACUGAGUUAUCUGAAUAUUUCCUCCCCAUAUGAGCUAAAAAUGUGCCACCAAGGGAACGGGCAGAGCAGGACGCCUUUGGUCCCCCUCGAUGCUGAGAAGGAUUGUGGUGGUGCAGCGGGCUCUGCCGCAGCUGGAGAAGAAAUCAUUGAUGCCAGAGCUGUGCAGGAUGUGGAAUCGUUGUCGAGUCUGAUUAGAGAGAUCUUGGACUUUGAUCAGGCUCAGAGGAGGAAGUGCUUUAACAGUAAGAUGUACUUGUGCAAUAUCUGCUUCUGUGAGAAGCUGGGCAGUGAGUGUAUGUACUUCACCGAGUGCAGCCACGUCUACUGCAAAGCAUGCCUGAAGGACUACUUUGAAAUACAGAUCAGGGAUGGUCAGGUCCACUGCCUCAACUGCCCAGAACCAAAGUGUUCUUCUGUUGCUACUCCUGGCCAGGUCAAGGAGUUGGUUGGAGAGCAGCUGUUUGCACGUUACGACCGCCUGCUUCUGCAGUCCAGCUUGGACCUGAUGGCAGACGUCGUGUAUUGCCCUCGCCCGGGCUGCCAGACACCCGUCAUGCAAGAGCCAGGCUGCACCAUGGGCAUAUGUUCUUGUUGUAACUACGCUUUUUGUACUCUCUGUAGAAUGACUUACCACGGGGUCUCUCCAUGCAAAGUCACUGCAGAGAAAUUAAUGGAUUUGCGAAAUGAAUAUUUAGAAGCAGAUGAGGCAACGAAAAGAUUUUUGGAGCAGCGCUACGGCAAACGAGUGAUUCAGAAAGCCCUGGAGGAGAUGGAGAGUAAAGAGUGGCUGGAAAAGAACUCCAAGUCCUGUCCUUGCUGUGGCACUCACAUAGAGAAACUCGAUGGUUGUAACAAGAUGACGUGUACUGGCUGCAUGCAGUAUUUCUGCUGGCUCUGUAUGGGCUCUCUGUCGAGGGUGAACCCGUACAGGCACUUCAAUGAUCCAUCCUCCCCCUGCUUUAACAG